UUUUAGUAGCGCCACUACCGGUGGGUUGCUUAUUGCUGAAGAUCAAGCAGGCAUAAAAUAAAAAGGUAUAGUAGCUGGACAGACAAUGGAAGCAAAAGGAUGAAUUUAGGCAUUUUCAUCAUGGUUGAUAUGACAUGUAGAGGAAGACAAAUGGGCAGAUUUUAUUUUUCUCACAACUUGAAAUUCCCUGACAAAAACAAGUACAGAAUCAAGUUCCACACGCGGAUGAUGGCUAUUAAACAAAGUGACCACCUGGGACACAGCUAAAAAACCACCGCCUUAUCUUCUUUCUUUCAUGUCACAAACAUAUCGGUUUUGACAGGAACCAUUUUUUUUCUUUUUCUUUUUUUGAAUUUUUUAUGGGAGGGUUCUUCUCCAUCUGCCUUGCAUCUUUCUUUCAAGGGUUAGCUUUAAUGAUCGAUGACAUGUAAUCGCGUCACGAGCAGGCUAGACAUAAGAGCCUUUUGGAAUUCUCAAACAGAAACUUCGGUUAAAAAUUCCAUGCACUGACAAGAUUAAACUUAUUCCCUCCCUCUUGAUCUUAAUCCUCAAAGAGCUGGCCAUUUUUGUCAGCUUGUAAAGUUUUAGAGGCAUAAGAUAGAGAUUGAGAGACCUUUAUGAGAGACCUUUACUAGUUUCCUUACUUCAAAUCAUACUUUUUUUUUUUUUUCUGGUAAAUUUUGAAGCUAACUAUAGAUUGGACAGCUUUCCCAUGUGUAGAAGCAAAAAAAAAAAAAAAAAAAAAAAAAGAAAAAAAAAGCACCCUCUUCUAAUAAGGCCCAUCCGUUUUUGUUCCCACUCGGCACAAAUCUUUCUAAAUGCAUGAGCAAUAUUGGUUCCGAGUUCUAUACCAUCAAUCAAAUCACAACCAAGCAAGCAGAGCCGUCAACUCUCACACCUGGCUCUAGCUAGUUUGUUCCCAUAGCCAACUCAUGCGGAUCUUCUAGUAAACAACUUAGUUAUAUUAAAGUUCAAGCCUAGGCCUCAGCAAGCCGGCCUGAGUUUUGGCUUAUAAUUCAGCUUGAAUAUGCCUCUCUUAUCAAAAAUCACUUCCCAUUUGAGAGUUACCGCUUAAAUGAUAUAUAUGUUCUUGGAGUUGCAACAGAACUACUAUUAGAAGAGAGAUAGAUAAGGAUUUAGAAAAUGGGAGGUGUUAAAGUUCCUGGAGAUGACCAACCUGAACUAGCAAGAGACACAUAUAGAAUUGCUUACAUUAUCCAUUUCUUGCUGGGUGCUGGGAAUUUGCUUCCAUGGAAUGCUUUAAUCACUGCUGUUGAUUACUUUGGCUCUCUCUAUCCCAACAAACACGUUGAGAAGGUUUUCUCUGUUGCUUACAUGGCUUCUUCUUUGCUAGUUUUGGUAGUGAUGAUCUUCAUGACUUGGCGUGGAGGCGGCUGGUGUGGGAAGAUGAGAUCCAGGCUGACACUGAACCUGGGAUUUUCUAUGUUUAUUAUGUCUUUAAUGGUGUCUCCUCUAAUGGACUGGGUAUGGUGGAGCAGGGAAUCAAGUGGCAGGGACAAUGGAAACUAUGCUGUGACAGUCGUUUCGGUUGUAAUCUGCGGUUUAGCCGAUGGCCUGGUGGGUGGAAGCUUGAUGGGAGCAGCUGGCAGGCUUCCAAAAGAGUAUAUGCAAGCAGUUUUUGCAGGAACUGCUUCUUCAGGUGUUCUAGUUUCCUCACUGAGGAUUUUAACAAAGGCAGUGCUUCCACAGACACCAAAGGGUCUUCGUACAAGCGCCCACUUGUAUUUCAUGGUCAGCACCAUUAUCCUGCUAUGCUGCAUAAUUUGUUGCAAUUUGCUGCACAAAUUACCAGUCAUGCAGCACCAUUGCAGACUUCUCCAAGGUUACCCUACGUGUUCGAGACCGCAAAUUUGGGGUGUGGCAAGAAAGAUCAAGUGGCCAACUUUUGGGAUCUUCACAAUCUAUACUGUGACUCUCUCAAUUUUCCCAGGAUUUAUAGCUGAAAAUCUGCAUUCCAAGCUUUUCCAAGACUGGUACCCCAUAUUGCUGAUCACUGUCUAUAAUGUUGCAGAUUUAGUGGGUAAGUCUUUGACUGCAGUAUAUGUGUUAGAGGGUAUUAACAAGGCAACUUGGGCUAGCCUAGCCAGACUCCUUUUCUACCCUCUUUUCACUGCUUGCCUCCAUGGCCCCAUAUGGAUGAAAACUGAAACUCCUAUAAUAGUUCUCACAUUCAUGCUUGGACUUACCAACGGGUACCUGACAAGUGUACUGAUGAUCCUCGUUCCUAAGGCGGUACCAGUUUCGGAAGCAGAGCUGUCAGCAAUUGUAAUGGUUGUUUUCCUGGGAAUAGGGUUGGUUUCUGGUUCGGUUUUUGGCUGGUUCUGGAUCAUUUGAGUCUAGCCAUUUGGUGUCAAUGAGGUUAGUUUCCCAUUAUUGGAAUUUAGAAAUGCUAGAUUCUUUCAAGGUAAGCCUGUAUGACGAUAAAUUUUAGUCAGAAACAGAUUAAUCCAAUCAGGGAGUUUGUCUGUAUAUCUGUAAUGCAAUAAACGUAGUAAUCAAUCUUAGAACUUUCUUCUCUAC